AUGAGUGUGUCAGAUGUGGUGAAUUUGGAGCGUGAGUUGAGAUGUGGUGUUGAGUACUUGGCUAAUGUCAAUAAGGAGCUUGAAAGUGUACAUAAUGUAGUAGAUUCGGUGUGCAUCGAUUACAUUCGCGCAAAUAGAGCGUUAAAUGGCAGUGACUCUGAAAACUUAUUGCUAUACCAGAGACUAGAAAGAUGGAGACAUCAAGUAGGACAAAUUGCUCAAAUCCUAUCGCUACAUCGAGAGAACAAGUUUGUAAAGGCUCAAACUGCAGAGAAACAAUUCAUGGAUUGCAUUGGUACUAACAAUGAUACGAUCACUAAAGAUUGUGAGUGCUAUGGAAACGUAUUGAGAUUCAAAAGGGGGGUUCUUGCACUUAAAUUUGCGGGGGAUUUUGCCAGAAAAUCCAACAACCUUUCGGAGCUUAUUAGCGCGAUUAUCAUAAAGGCUGGCGGAGAUCCGAACGACUACAAACACUGUUUACAUGCCCUUUCAGAUGUAUCAAAACUUUUUAAAUAUGUUAUAAGUGACUCAGCUUCCACUACUUCCAUGAAGAAGGGAGGGGAAUCUGUUUUUGCCAACAACAUUUUAAGGCAAUUUCUUAAGAUAAGUGUAGAUGCCACUGAAACAUAUGCUAGUGAUUAUUCUACAUCGAAUGAAUUAGCAUUGGUGGAACUGGUGAAGUAUAUCCCCAAGAGCAAUUUUGUUGACAAUUAUAAGAAUGCGGUGGAUAGUAUUAAAUCCAUUAAUUAUGAAGCAGAUGAAUCUCCAAUCACAUUCUAUUUGUUCAAUUUGGAGAAGAAAGGAGGGAUAGGGAAGGUUAUUGAGCAUUUACUCGAGAAUAGAGGUUUUGUAAAUUUGGUAAAGAAUUACAUUCAUCCACACGACGUACAUGCGUACUAUUUUGACAUUACAACCACCAGGGAUAUUAUGAGAAAGAUACAUAACCUGCAAAAUAAACUAAUACAAGCCACAAUUCUAGAGUACAGUUUAAAAAUUAUGAAUGCAAUAACAACCGUACUAUCAUCCCCGAAUUAUCCACAAGGAGAUAUUCAUCUAAAUGAAGCGAUAUACAGGGCUUUUGUGGCAGUGACUUUCAUGAUCAACUGGGAAGAUCGUAUGUUGUCCAAUGUGUGGGAUGGCAUGCCUUUUUUAGAGUAA